AUGGCCUUGGAGGGCACGGAGAGCCAGGAGGGCUCAGAGGGGAUUGAGAUCGUCUGGUCGAAAGAAGCAUUCAAACUAUCAUUGAUGGCGAAUUCCAGUUCAGUUCCCUCCGGGCAACUCGUGGUUGAGGAUAGAGGCCCAACGGUCAAGCCCACCUGGUUGCUGUCGCCGCCGCUUGAUUGUUAUGUCAAGACAUCGAGUCUCUUAGCAUAUGCGUCCGAAGACCUUGAAAACGAAAUUCUUAGUGAGGUCGAAGUAAGGCUCAAGGUCGAGUAUCGGGGGCUCUGUUUCAAGUAUACGUCAUCCAACUCGGCGACCUACAAUCCCAGGUCUUUAGAGGUCCACACUUUGAAUUAUCUGAUGGCAGUGAAUGGGGAGUGUGACCCGUUUAACAGACAAAACGGCUUCCAAAUCCUAUUCCAUUUCUCUGGCUCUCUCCAGUCAAUCGUUGCGAAUUUGAGAGCACCGGACAUUGUUGAGACUAGCCUAUGGGAUCUUCAUCGAUUGAUGAUAGCCUCAUCUCUUCCUGAAUUUGAAACGACCUUUGUCGUGUUCUCCAAAUUUGUAAACCCUACUCCGUGCACAGUGGAAUAUACUGACAAAUUCAUACAUAUCGACCGUGGCCCCUAUGCACGGGUUCGGAAAGAAUGGUGUCUCAACCAGGUUAUCCUUAAACGUACUCAUGAACAGGCAAUACUAGUUAUGGUCAACGCCUAUGGUGACAUCACGAAACCGGCGCCGCAGCCAAAACGAACCAGGUGGGCAUGGGCCGGAGACAAUCGUUUUCCUGCUGCUAUCGGUGAUAUCAUGGGGGACAUUGCUGCUGUAACUCCACCGCUGAACGUUGAAAGCGGGUACACGCUCUUGUGA